AUGUCCAAUUCCCUUAUCUUCUAUUAACAGUUAGAUCCUUAGGGUGAUAUAUCCUUAUUAGAUGAAAAAUCUAAAAAAGCAUAUGAAGGUUUUUUCAAACCUAUUCCACUAUCAGCUUUUAAAGAUUACCUUAAGCGUUGCCGUUUGUGCUUUACAAACCCUAAAGAUAAGAAUAUACUCCCAGGAUGGACUUAGGAAUUUAUGAUCAAUCACAUUUUUUAUCCUCUUAUAUAAGAAACUAUCAAUGGAACAGUUAAAGAAGUUAAAGGCAACAUUAAUGAAACACUGCGUAUAAUUUAUAAUGAAGAGAAAUCAUCAAAAAACGAUGGAGAAUAGAGCUCUGAAGGUAUUCUUUUGGCAAAACAAAAGAUUCUUAGCAUAUUAUCAAGUGUUAUUAGCAAAUUAUUCUAAGAUUACGAAUCUACUGAUAAGGAGGAUUUAUAAAAGUCUUUUGAAGCUGAAGAUGUUUUUACUAAAACUUUAAACAACGUUAUUGAUUUGUUUGAUUCUGUCAGCUUCAAGUCAGAAGAACUUAAAGAAAUGCAUGUUCUUAUUUAAAAUAAAUGGAUUCCUUAUCAAUAAAACUUACUUGAAAGGCUUAUAAAUAGAGUUAUUAAUGAGAAAUACUUUUUAACAAAGCAUGUAGAUAUGAUAGGCGAUAUUCUUAGAAAUAUUUCAUCCACUAUUAAUAGAUUAAACGAUCUUAUUAGUAAUGAAUUCGUUGAAAAAGUUAGCGGCUUACUUAACAUUCUUCUUUAAAACUGCCUUAGACUCAAAAAAGACAUAGUUUCUCAUGCUUCAAUCCUUUAUGUUUACAUAAAAAUCACAAAGAAAAAAGAAACUUUAGAAUAGGUCAUUCACGAAAUAUUAAGUAUCCAUGAUACAAAUGAAGAAAAAAGUUUAGAAAAACUAGGUAAAAUUAGAGCAUUAUUUGUCUAUGAUGGGAAGAGAGUUCCUUUCCACAAAUACAAUUUAAUUCAAUAUGUUAAUGGAUUUUUCAAUAACUCGAACCCCGAAGUCAGACUUUAUACUUUAACAGUUAUCCUUCUCAUUUUAGAAAGCGUUUAACAAAGCGAAUAUAAAAUUGAGUUCAUGAAAAACGAAAAGUUAUAAUUUGAAAUUUAUGAUAAUGUUUAAAGAUCAUUAGAAUAUCCUGCUAAAAAAAUCUCAUACUGGAUUGAAAGUAUCCUCUCUACUUUAAUCUCUUGUAGUGAAAAUCCAAAUAAGUUGGCUGAGAAGUAUGCCACUGAAGCUCUUGAGUUAAAUCUCUCUAGUUCAAAGAGAAAAUAUUAUUUGUUAACUAUCCUUUUACCAUUUGUUGCCCCUGAUUUCUAUCUUAUUAAAGACCCUCAUAUUAUUCAAGAACUUAUGAUUUCAUGUGGAGACUAUUAUAUCUUGCCAGCUCCUAACCUCUUAUUUAGACUUUUAGAAGCUCUCUACUAGAAGAAAUGUAAUUAAGAUCUCGAGUAAUGGAGAAAAUAUUGGGAAGGUGAUUACUUCACUUGUCUUAAAUCAUAGCCUUUACCUGUUAUUAAAGGAAUUAUUUCAGCUGUCAAUCCUAUUUUAGCUAAGAUUAACAAGAAUGCAGUUGUAUACAUGCUUUCUACAAUUUUAGAUUCCUCAAACUCCAAGAUGGAUGAUAAAAACUCACUUUGGAUAUUUGUUUCCUUUUUGAAAGUUGCCAGAGAGAGAAGCUUAAUAGCAGAUGGACCUGAUGGUUCUUUCAUUUUACAAGGUACUUAGAUAACAAUCAACAGAGAAAGACUUGAGAAACUUAUUUUAAACAAAGAUAGAAAUGUUAUCAUUAACAUUUUAGAAUUUAUUUCUAUCAAUCCUAAGCCUUCUGAAGCUCCUUCUGAGUUGGAAUUUGAGCUAUUGCUCUUAUUUUUAAAAUAUGGCACAAGAACUUCCUAUCCUGAAUUUAGAAAAGAUUUCUUAGGCUCUUUUAAGAGAUUCAUAGAAAGAUUGAGACUUGUUUAUGAGAGAGAUAUAGUUUUAAUAGAAGAAGGAAAAUAACCAAAAAAGAAAAAUUUUAAAUCUUUUGUUAAUUUCAUUUAGAAAUGUGUUGACACUAUCUUGUCUUCAAUGUACCCAUAGAUUUGCUUCGAAAUUGCUAAUCCUAUGCUUGAAAUACUUUAGCUUAUAUUAUAGAACUUCCCAGCUCAUAAGCCCUAUGAAUAUAAGAAAGGUCUUGUUAUUUAAAAUACAAAAUUCCUGUAAACUCACAUUGUUAAUCCUCCUCUUUUCUCACAAUAAAAUGUAGAAUGCUUACUUGUUCAUAGUAAUUCUUUAUGGGAAUCAAUAAGAGAAAUCAGUAUAAACAUUCUAUCAUUCUUCCCUCCUUAAACAGUUAGCGUUGACUAUGUUAAAAAUUUAUAUAACUAAGCUUUAAAUUUGAGUAAGAAUCCUUAGAUUAAAAAUUACGAAGUUGGUGCUUAUAUUUUACAACUUCUUUUUAGCAACUAUUUAGAAAUGCUUGGAAAAUCUGAAAUUUAAUUCCUCUCUGAUAUCAUCUAAACUAUGAAAAAGAGAUUUGAAGAUUUUACUUAAAGUUUCCUUGUCGAGUGGUAGACCUUCUCUGACAGUUUAAUUCAUGGCUUAAUUACCGCUUUAGCUUUUAUUGUAUAGAAAAUCAACAAAGAUUAGAUUAAGAAUUAAAAUGAAAUGAAGGUAGUUCUUAAACAAAUGUUUGAAGUCAUUUGUGAAGUAUUAGCUUUUUCAACAAAAAUUUCUAGUGAGAACGUUGCAACUGUAGUCCUUGAUUCAAAUUCUAAAAAGAUAGCAAUAGACUAGGAAUUAGAAAAGUAAAUUUCAAAUAUUGAUUGCAGAGGUCAUUUCAUAAUAGACGAGGAUGCUAAAUAAAAAAAUAAAUUCCUUCAAAAUAUGGAAAAGAUCCUUUAAGGAAAUACUCUUGUAGAAGCUUUAGAAGAUAACGGUGCAGGUGAAGAAGGUUUUGGAUCAGAAAAUUUACUCGUUGUAACUUUCUACCUUAUAUCUAGAGAGGCAGGUUUCCUCUUCUAAUCUAUAUCUUCCCUUGUUAUAUUAAGCUAACGUGAUAACUUAGACAUAUUUGAUAAGCAAAGCUUAGAAUCUAUAGUUAAUUAGUACUUCCAUACUCUUGUCAAUAUCAAGCAUAUUGGCUCUAUAGAUAGAAUUGCUAUUGGUUUAAAUACUAUGUGUAAGGCUAUGAAUGAGGUUAAGAAUCCCCUAUUACCUCAUCUCUCUCACACUUUACUUGAGAAGCUUUUAGACCAUAUUGAAAUGAAUACUUUUAGAAAUACUUUACGUAGAAGUGCUGGCCUUCCUUAUGCUAUAACUUGCUUGCUAAAGGCUGAAUCAGCAGGAAAACGUACAAAGAGUCUUCCUCUUGCAAUUAAAAGAUUACUCGAUUUAAUUGAAAAUUCUCCUCAUAAAUAAGUUAAAAUUCACUGUUUGAAUAUCCUCAAGAGAAUCUUUGAAGACAGCAACAUCAAGUUAGAUGCUGAUAAAUUUAUUGGAUAAGGCUUUAUGACAGCUAUCAAGGGUUUUGCAAUUGAAGAUUGGUCUAUUAGAAACUCGAGCUUGAUGUUAUUCAGUGCUCUUUCAUUACGUACAGUUGGUGGUGCUAAAAAUCCAAACUCAUAAACAAUUAAAUCAAAACUUAACUUAGUGGAAUUCUUUACAAGAGCACCAGAGUUACUUGAUUUCUUCAUCGAAGAAAUUUCUAAUUUUGUUCACACUGACAAAUAUGCUAACACUCAAUAUCCUCCUUUAUAUCCAAUUGCCUUGCUUUUCACUAGAUUACUUCCUUAUGAUCUUAAAAAUUAAGUUAAGAAAGCUCCUUCUGCAAAUGAUGAAGAUGAUUCAGCUUAAGAUCUUAAGUAAGACGAAAAUGCAGAAUUACUUGACUAACAGCCUACUGGUUCUCAAUAUAUUGCUUUAACUGAAGUUUAAAAGAUUCUUCCAUUACUUAUUGAGUGUGCUAAAAAUAAAAAUUAUAUGGGUAGAGUUAUGGUAGCUCGUUCUAUUCUUCCUUUCAUGGUAUUUGAAAAAAUUCCAGAAGAAUCAAUAAAUCUUUUAAACAGAAUUGAAAGUUAUGAUAUGGCAAGAAAAUCCCAUAACUUUUGUCAUGGUAUUUUGCUCUAGAUUUUAAAUAUUUUAAAGAACUAUUAUGAUAUGAAGAGGGAAACUGGACUUCACCAAGAUGAAGUUUAGUCAGCAUAACUUUUGCAAAAUGAAAAACUUCUAGCUCAAAAGUUACAAGAAAAAUCUUAUCUUUUGACAAAAAUAAAAUGUCCUCCAGUUUAAUAUGCAUAUUUAGAUUUAGUUAGAUCUUUCAUUUCAAAUUUGAAAAAAGAAUCACUCAUUUAUACUUUGGACUUACUUAGAGAAAUCGAUACCUUCUCUAAAGAUUACAUAGAAUCAUAGCUCAAAGUAAGCACAUUGAGAAUUCAAGAUGAUAUGGGUCAUUCAGUUUUAAGAAAGAAAUUAUUAAGAUAUAUCUUGAGAAACAGAAUUAUCUAUGAAUAGAAUAAGAGUAUUGAUUUGCACAUAGAUUAUCUUCUUUAAGUUUUGCAAUCAUACAAGCAAAAUCCUACUUACUUUAAAGAAGAAGAUAACGAAUUCUUAAAAGUAAUUCUCAAAGAAUUUUACAUCGGUCUUAAGAAGGAAGAAAGCAUUUGUCUUAGCUAAUCAAAAGAAAAAAUAUAAUUGCUAAUAGAAUCUUUAAUUGAUGUGUUGAAAAAUCAAAAUUCACAUGAAUAUUUCUUCUCAUAAUGCAUUACUUAUAUAUUGAAAAUCUUGUUUAGAUUAGGUUUGUCUGAUGUGAUAGAUACCAAACAUUUUAGCUCUUUCUGGGAUUUAAUAAAGAUCUUAGAAAAGAAAUUUAAUUCUAAUGGUUUGUUAGUUAAAUAGUUAGUUAAAUUCACAGGAUUACUCAUUAAUAACGGAAGUAUCGAUGUUAAAUAUUUUGAACAUUUAUGUUUAACAUACUCAUCAGCUUCUUAAAUGGAUUAUUUGCGUAUUGCAGUAAUUAUUUCAUUCAAUAUUUGCAUGGAAAAACUUGUUGUCACUUUAUAAUCCUCUAAGAAUGUUGAAGACUUUAAGGUAUUCUUAAACUUUUGCUUCGUAUUUUUGAGACUCCUAUAAGAUGAAGUUCCAGAAGUUAGACAAAAGAUGAGUAACUUCCUUUGUAAAAAGUUGUUUUCUAAUUCCCAUAGCAAAAACUCUGAAGAUGUUUUCUUGUUUGAAGUAACCAUUCAACGUUUCUUUGAAUUCCUUGGAAAUUAAUAGCUUGACGCAUAAUGUGCUAAAUAACUCAAUUUAUUCUUCUUGAAGCACAUCUUCGAAAUGGAGUUUUUCCAAAUCAAGAAAACAAACCAUAUUGAAUAAAGAAUUUUCUCAUACGAUAAAUCUAAUAAAUUUAUUGACGAUAUGAGAGUUAAAAAAUAUGCUUAUCACCAUCUUGUUAAAUUGUUAAAGCAAUAAAAUAGCUAAAACCCUAACUUUACCUAAGAAGAUUUAGACAGUUUUAUCACCUAAAAUAAAUACAACUUUAUUAGCCUAAACGAAGAAAGAAAGAAUAAAUAUAACUCAGAUUUCUCUUACAGAGAUGAAUUUGAAUUCGAAAAUAACUUGAAUUAGUUCCUAUACAGCAACUUAAAAGAAGUGAUUAAUGGCAAAUAAGAAUAACCUGUUCAAGAUUAAAUAGAGCCUUUCAUUAGAUACUUUUAUCAAUUAUGA